GUACCAUAUACAAAAUUGUGUCUAAAUAUUGAAACUUGUAUCACUUCAUGUUGUAGGUAGACAAAAGAUUUACUGACUUUGCAAAGUUUCAAACUGACAUUCUUAAAGAAUUUAGCAACUUUAAGUUACCACCACUGCCUCCAAAGAUUCCAAACGUUAUGUUGAGUGUGUCUGCUAUCGAAGAUCGUCUUGCUGCAUUUGACUUGCUGGUGAAGAAAGUUUGCGAGUCGGCUAAAGUUUGCAAUGGUAAUAGUUUACUGGAUUUUUUUGGUGUCAGUUCUCAUAAGCGGAUUGAAGUGUUUCAAAAGAAACAGGCACUAAAAAAGAAGCAAGUCGAGAAAGAGAAACAGGAGAAAAUAGUUGACGAAGUACUCGAUGAGUCAGAUGAGGAAUUAUUUGGAGUGAAAGAUGUCAAGAAAAUAGAGUCUGAUGAAGAGGGCACAGAAGGAGAUGACCAAGGUGUUGAUGCUGAUGAACAUAUUGAGGUAGAAACAUCACACCCAUUGGCGGCAGGAAGUACAAUGCAGGCUGACAAGAUUGCAAAUGAUGCUGAUGAUGAAACUUCAGAUUUGAAGCCGACCGUUGAUCGAGUGACAAAGGCUGACACAAGUAGGGAGACGAGAGUCAAUAUCGAGGUGAAGACAGAAGAAAUGGCUAGAGAAGAUGCAGAAAUGGAAGGCUUUGGUCAGGAUGAUGGUCACAUUGAUGCCAUUGGUGAUGAGGACGAUGAGUUGUUUAAGGGUCUUCCAAAGCCAAAGGCGGGCUAUUCUGGUGGAUCUCUCUUUGAUGGUUCUUCGAAACCUUCCCUUUUCGAAGGCAACAUCGAACCAGCAAGUGACCUUUUUGUCAUUAGACAACCUGUGGGGAGACCACGGCUGUUUGAUGACGACGAAGAUCUAGACCUUUUUAAAGAAGAUUCUAACCACGAUGAUUUUGAGGCAACACUGGCUGUAAAGCUCACAAAGCCUGAUCUUCCAUCGAAGCCGAAAGUGUCACCAAAUUCGAAACCACCAAUAGCAGCCAAGCCAAAGCCAUUGGCAAAACCAACAUCAAAACCAAAACCAACAUCAAAGCCAAAACCAACAGCAAAGCCAGCACCACCUCUGGAACCAGAAGGUAACUUGAAAUCAACACGAGGCUCUAAGCCAACUCCAGGCAAAAAGCCGCUACCAGCCUCUAAACCAGCGAUUAAAACGAAGCCGAGUGCUAAGUCGAGAAAGAAAGUGAGUGAUGACGAUGACUUGUUUUUGAUGCCAACUGAUGACUCUUCAAGUGGAGUAAAGUCGAUGGGCGAAGUGUCGAAAUAUAUUGAAGUGAACAUGAAGCAGCAUGCCGAUGAAAAGCUCGAUCUAUUUUCAUAAUUAUUAUAUAGGCUACAUUUUUCAUCAUUUUGUUUGCAUUACAAUUAGCGCGUGAAUGACAGAUUUGUAACUGCGCAUACUUGAAAUGAUUGCUGUUUUAUUGCCGAGCGUAGCGAGGCUUAUAAUCCGGGUCACACAACAGAAAUGGCCGUGGUCCUAUAUGGGUCUCCAUCAAGCUUUUGGUAUCUAUGAACUUCUUUUAUUGUCAUAUAUCCGCUACAG